AUGUUUUUAAAUCUAAUUCAAAUAGUAUUCUUCAACUUAUUUGUUUGGAUUAUAAAACCAUCACUUGCCUUAGGAUUAUCACUUUUGUACUAUUUCACUUAUUCAACAAUCGUCUUUACUGAUUUUAUCCUUUCAUUGUUUGUGAGAGAUUGCGAUUUAAGAAAUAAAAAUUUCAUAAACAAUCUUAGAAUAAAAGUAAAUGAGCUACGUCCUUAUCCAGGAGUUUACACUUCAGCAAGUAUUAAUCUUAAUUUAUUGAUAAAAGCUGAUAUGAUUACAGAAAAAGGAUAUAAUUUAGAAAUCCAUUAAAUCUUAACAGAAGAUGGAUACAUUCUCACAGCAUGGAGAAUGUACAAAAAUAUUAAAAAAGAAAAUAAAUAUCCUAUGUAAAUAUAUAAUGAUUUAUAUUUUUAGUAUACUUCAACAUGGUUUACUUGAUAGUUCCUGGUCUUGGUUUAUUAAUAAUACUAAUGAAUAAACCUUACCAUAUAUUUUAGCUGAUUAAGGUUAUGAUGUUUGGCUGGCUAAUAAUAGAGGAAAUAAAUAUUCUAUGGGACACAGCAAGAUCCCAGGAGUUUGUUAUAAUAAAAAAUAUUGGGAUUUUAGUUUUGAUGACAUUUAAAGAUAUGAUUUUAAAGCAAUAAUAAAUCAUGUCAAGUAAGCAUCAUAAAAGGAAAAAGUAAUUUAUAUAGGCCAUUCUCAAGGCUCUACUUAAGCCUUUGCUUAUUUGUCUAAUCAUAUUGAUUUCUAAGAAAACUUAAAAUGCUUUAUAGCAAUAGGACCUGUCAUUUAUGUUAAAAAUUCAGUAUAAAAGUAUAUUUAUAUUAUAGAAAUCAUUAUUUCUUUAAUUUGCAGUUAAAUCUUGGAUAUUUGAGUUCACAAAGAUUAUUGGCAUCCCUUACUUUUUUGUUUUCGAUGAUAGUUUCAAUCUAAAAAUAGGUGCUCUUUGUGAUAUGAUUCCUUGGAUCUAUAGAAAAAUCUUAUUCACAAUAACAAAUCUAAUAUGUGGAUAUCCAUUAUAAAACAAAAUAGAUCUCAAGAAGUUUGGAUUUAUGGUAUCUCAUGAACCUGGAGGUACAUCUACUAAAACUUUGGUUUAAUGGUAAUUAUAUGAUAAUUUAUUUUAGGAUGUAAUUCUAUAGAAAUGGAACCUUUUCUUAUUUUGAUUAUGGGAAAUCUAACAAUAUUUUACAUUAUGGUUAAUCAAUUCCUCCAAAAUAUAAUGUAGAAAAUCUUGGUUAAUUGAAAAUACCAAAGUAUUUUUACAUUGGUACCAAAGAUGUGAUAGCUGAUGAAAAAGAUCUUCAAAAAACUAUUCCAUUGUUUGACCCUUCAACUCUUCAAAUUUAAAUGAUCCAUGAUUAUGCUCAUUUAGAUUAUGUUUGGGCUGUUGAUGCACACAAAAAACUUUAUCCCAAUAUCUUACAAAAUAUUGAAUAAAAUUAAAUAUUCUGACA